GAUACACUACUCAUUUUUUAAAACUUUCAAUUGACAGGUGCAGGAGUAGACUUUCCUAUCGACUUUUGAAUCGGAGCUACUACAUGUGCAUAUGGGAAAAGUUGAUUACUGCUAUAAAGAUGUGUCAGUCGAGUCUUUAAAUAUUUUGCCAUGAAUUCUAUUCUAACGCUAAUGGUUUUUGUUAACAUUGGAGAAAUUGCUAGUAGUGAAAAUAAUACCUUUUCACAGAGUUUUUGUGAACCCUACAAUGAAACCGAAACCCUAAAAGAUUAUACGUUCAUUGGAUGCUAUGAAGCACCAGCUUAUAAUGUGGCAGAUAAUCAAGCACUGUUGUUUAGUAAUAUGACAAGAGAGAUAUGUAUACCAACAUGCUUGCAGAAUGGAAAACCUUUCUCUGGAGUUGAGGGAGAGGACGUAUGUAGGUGUAGUGAUUCUCUUGACAUGUUUGAGGCAUAUGAUCUGGUGAUUAAAACAUCGAAUUAUGUACCAAAAUGUAAUGAUCACAGAACGUCGUCCUUGUACCAUUCAGAUUUUAUUUUGAAUGUCACCCUCUGUGGAAUACCAGGAUUCCAACCAAUGCAGUUCUGUGGGGGUCUAACUGAAACCAGUCAAUGUCUACAGUUCUGUGGUAAUUUUACAGCCUUUGUUAUCCUUAAAAAAAAUGAUGAGAUUUCAUGUGCUUGUUCAAAUGACGACAUAGCCAACCUUACAAUGCCAGCAACUAACGACUUUAAUCGACCCUGUUCACAGAAAGCAAUCAGAGCAUGUUUUUCAUCUCAUGGAUGUUACAGUCCAUUUCCUAAUCAUACAAUUGGCUUUGUAAGUGCAAAUCUAACGCAUGAAUACUGUGUGGAGUAUUGCUUGUACAUUGGUCGUGACUUUGCAGGAAUAGAACAUGGUAACUAUUGUCGAUGUGAUACGAAUUUUACAAUAUUCGAAGACCAUGGUUUCAAUUACCAAUCAUGUGAUUUUCAAACUGGUGCAACAUUAUAUUUUAAAGGAGGCCCUAUAAUUCAUAAUGUCUCCGCUUGUGGAAAUAAUACUUCACUGACGUGCGAUGGUGUUGAUGUUAUUACAAACUGUUCAGAACAUUGCCAAAAGUUCAGUAGCAAGGAUCCGGUCCCUGAAGUGUUGCAAACGCCAGGAAAAGUUAUAUGUCACUGUUCAGAUAAUGAAAAUAUCCGUGACGAAAUCAUUCCAAAUCAAGAUACAGAAAAUUGCACAUACUUCAUAAUGACAUUUUAUCAGUUCACAGAAAAGCAUUUACCAAACACUGAAACCAGUGCAGGAACAACAUCUUCAAACAUAUUCACCACUUUUACAGAAUCGACAACAACAGAAAGAGAAAGAAAAACUACAUUAUCACCUGAAACUACACAAGACAGUCUAACAAAUAUGGCCGACGAAUAUAUUACUGAAACAACAAUGGAAUCAACCAAACAUUAUUCUACCUUUAUUGACGUUUUGAGAUCAACUGAGGUGCCACAAACGGAAAGUUCCAGUUUAGAAUCCUAUUGCCAUUGUCCUUGUUCAUCCGGUUCUUCUAAAUGGGAUUAUCUUAACGGUCUAAACCUGACAAAGGAACAACUUGAAGUUUACUUGGAAGAGGAAUUAGCUAACCUACGAGGAAAUUUAACAAUUGACCCAAAAGGCACUUCCGCUUUUAAGAACACUAAGAUAUCUGCACCUGACAGUCGUCCAUCAUCGGCUGCUGUGGGUGCACUUGGUAUUAUACUAUUAACGGUUAUCUUUGGUCUCAUUAUAAUAUCUGAUGUUUUGUCGUUUUUCAGGAGUCGAUCAUGGACUCCUGGUAGAAAAGAGCAAUAAAGAUUAUUACAUUUUACGUAUUGCAACACCUUUAGUAGCGGAACUUGUUUAUUUAACAUUGUGAAUUGAACUGUUUGGCAAUAUCUUCCGUAUGCUUCGUAGUUGAAUGCAGAUAUUGAGUAUUUUUUUCUCUUUUAUAUGAUGGUGCCAUUUACCAAAAUGUAACCCCGGACACAAAAUGCACUUGAUUUCGACUGGAAUCAUAGUCUGUGAAACCAAGAGUUAACCCUUAAACACUUCUGUACAAUUUAUACUACCGUCAAAACUGCAUGUGUUUAUUUCCCAUUUGAUGGUUUUAGUUAUGAGAUGUCGUUUUGAAAACUGGUCGUUUUGCAAUUAUGGUUGGUAAACUGAAAAACAACAUUGCUACGAUAUUUUCAAAUAGUUUUCAUGUAAUAUUAUUAAAGUACUUAUUGUUGUAUAUAAUUAAAUUUACAGUGAUGAUUAAACACAUGAAAUCAUUUGAA